AUGCUAAGUAAAAAAGAUUUUCUAAUGGGUGUAUUUUCUAAUUUAUUAUUUUUAACUAUUGGAGGUUAUAGUGGUGUAUAUAUUUCACAAAAUUACAGAAUUCCACAAUUACAUUCUCCCACUGAAUUGAUACAAAUUGCUAAAGAAUAUUAUAAAAAAUUUGAGGAAAUUCACAGUAUCAAAAAGAAGAAUGAUGAAACUUAA